AUGUCAGUCAAGGAGUACGGCAGUCCGCGACGCUGUUUGCCUCACAACUUAUCGUAUCCGAACUACAUCUACAACGAUCGCAAUGCUCCGCUAUCGUUAGCCCAUAACACGCGAGAAAAUCCACGAGGUUAUCCCAUGGGCGGCCCAGUGGGCGGUAUGCAUAACCGAGCCAGCAUGGAAGAACCCAUGAUGGGAAACGGGCCAGCGAGACGUCGCAUUGCAGUAGCGUGUGCGCGUUGUCGGAAGAGGAAAAUUCGGUGCAGCGGCGAUCCUGGAAACGGCAUUGGAUGCCUCAACUGUCGACAAGCUGCAGUAGAUCCAACAAAGUGUCAAUUUCACAGAGUGGGAUCCGACACCGUACACAAAGUUAUGGACGACAGGGACAUGGCUUUCAGUCUCAGUGGUAUGGCCACUGGGCAUAACAUAAUGUCCAUGUACUCUACGGAAGGCAACGGCGCUCUUUACGCACGCGCGAUGCCGACUCAGCAGUACUCGCAACUUGACUCGAAGCCGGCCUAUCAACCAACCUGGACUCUACCUUAUUCCGAAGACACAUCACCGGUCGACAGUUACUCUCUCGACCCCUCGCCGGCAUACCUAACUCAGUCUACAGCAAUCGCAAACGCAAACAUGUACACGCCUGCUUAUCGCUGGGCUCAGCCGACUUCGAAGUCUUUGCAGCAGGGAAGCACAUACUUUGACCAGGACUUGCAAUUCGCUCAUACAAACGCUCGACUAGCCACACCUUCAGACGUAUCCCCUCUCAAUACCGGCAUGUCUUCUCUGCAAUUGGCUAUCCCUGAGAGGCCCCAUCCACGACAACCUCUCCCUCUGGACCCCAGUGUGCCUAGGAGACAACUGCCAAUGCCACAACCGAGCCCAGCUCAGAGCAGUCAUGUUGUAGACCAGAUGCAAGAUGCUCGUCUCCGCUCGGCUCAGGCUAUUGGUACUUCGGGUAUGGACGGUAGAGGCUCGUUUGCGAAAUCGUUACUACCGUGGACCACUGACAGCGAGAGUCACGCCAACGCAUCCGGGGCGACAUCUGCAGAUGCCUUUACGCAGCUGAUAUCCCCGGUCAUGCCAGACAACGCGGAGAGCAGGAUGAGCUACAUGCCAAAUACAUCGUCGACCGCGGACGAUGCGACUGCAACCACCACUGCAUCUCAGCUAGAGCUAAACUUCAGUACAUCUGGUUUUCUCGAAGGGAUGAGUGCGCCGGCCCCAGCGACAAACUACUCCUAUGUCCGUGAGACACGCCCAAUGACACGCCCAGCCUCACAGACAAAUCUAUACAGCUACAGCCCUGUCUCGUCGUCAAAGCGGAACUCGAUAAGUGGCGAGUCAUCGAGCGAUUGCACACUCGUCAGUGGUCAUCGCUACACACCUCUCAGCCACAGCCAAACACGGAGCUCCCUAGGAAAUCGCAGUUUGCAUCGCGAGACGUGCCAGGAUCGGAAUAUGCAGCCUGUGCAGCUCCACCGCACUUCUAUGGGAAACCUCAACAGCACUUACUGA